AUGCAAGUCGCCCAAUUGAUACACGGCGAUCCAGGAGCUAACCCAAAUGACGCCCAGACUAUGCCCCAAACAAUAAAUCAACCUAAGAAGAAAUCGGUGCCGUUGAUCCAACAAUGUGUGGGAUACGAAGGCAAAUUCGCCAAAGGUCAUACCACGCGGAAAAAUGGCGAAUGUGCCAUCAAGUGUUGCCGCAACUGCUGCGAACAGCUCAAACCGAUCGACAUACGGUGCUCAAAACACAAUGCGAUGCCCAAGACCAAACAGCAAAACCGUGUCGGCGGCAACAGCAACGUCUCCCGGAACGCGACCCAAAGGCAGCGUAUACAGAGCCCCAGCAUCAAAAAUGACACCCAAGGUGAUGCGGAACCUGUUCUAACGCAGGGACCACCUCAAUCCCUUUCAGCAGACGUCUAUCAAGCCAGCCAUGUGUUCUCUAGCCCACUCAGCGCUGCACAGAUCAACAGGUUCCGACAGACGACCUUACAAAAACAAGCGGAAGAGCGUGACGACAAGGAUCACGCCUCAGUGGCAAGUAAGACUGCAACUUUUGUCGUAUGGGCAGGAAUGGAUGAUAACCCCUUGGGGUGUGAAACCUGGCGUGUAUACGCCCCGCGAUGGCCCACCUUGAAGCUUAAUCAGUCGACUACUCUAAUGGAACAAGUUCGACUCAAAUUGGGUGACACAUGGGAAUGGGUGACCUUCAAGGUUUGGGAUUCCUGA